UAUCCAAACAAUCGAUUGUAUUGGAUGGAUAUUGGUUUAAUGACAAUUGAAUCUAUCCGAUUAGACGGCACCGAUCGAAAGAUUGUAUCACGCGAAAUAAACUCUCAAGGAAUUUCCCUGGAAAUAUUCGAAAAUAAAUUAUACUGGAAUUUAAAUACAAAUCGAUUUAUACGAUACUGCAAUGCAUUUUCCAACUGUAAUCCGGAAAUUUUUGAAGCGGAUCUUGAUUACAAUGCAAUGCAGGGUAUAAAAAUCUAUCAUCCCAUAAUGAAACCAAAAGUUCAAAAUGCUUGUUUUUUGAAGCCAUGCUCGCAACUUUGUUUGUUAAAUAAAAAUAAAAACUAUACAUGUGCAUGUACUCUGGACAAGAAAUUGAACUCCGACGGGCAUACGUGUCGAGACACGGAAGAUAGCCAACAUAUCAUCAUAGUUGCGGAUGGUACAUUUGUAAAUUAUUACCAUAAUUGGUUUGGCAAGCCAAAAAUAGCAACCAGCGUUACCCUAUCAAACAUUACCGCGAUUACUUAUGAUUCACUGUCCGGUACUAUACUCGCAAGCAAUGCCCUUACGAAUAAUAUCUUCCGCUACGACCCGAUCAACAACAAAAUUAAGAAUCUCAUAGCCAUGAAGAUUGAAUCGUUGGGAGGAAUGGCGUUCGAUUAUGUUGGUAAUAAUUUGUAUUUGACAAAUAUAGAAGAAAAAACUAUUGAGGUACAUAGCUUAACGACAAAAACGAAGAAGAUCUUUUAUUUCGAGGAACAACCUUAUAACAUCGCUUUGGCACCUGAAGAAGGCAUAAUGUUCGUAGUGUUCAAAGUGAAGGAUAAAUAUCGUAUAGAUAAAAUGCAAAUGGAUGGAAUGGGAAUGAAAUCGCUGUUUGUAGAGAGCAAGUUGCUAAUAGGUCCAAGGAUAUCAUUGUACUAUUGUAUGGACGAAAAAAAAAUUUAUUGGGCUGAUCAGGGCAGUAACAGUAUCCGAAGCGCCUUGUUGACAGGUUUUGAUUAUCAGAUCCUCCGCACCAACUUGGACAAGCCUAUGAGUCUUACCAUUGCAGGAGAAUAUAUUUUCUGGACACAACGCUGUUCGACUAAACUAUUUUGGGCGAACAAAAACAAUAUUCAGCAAAAAAACUGGGAGGAAAACUUUGAACAAAUUUACGAAAAAGUAGAAAUUUCUUAUUUGAUAAUGGCACACAGAAAUAUAGAUGGCUAUCGUAAAAACUGUGGAAACUGUUCACACGUGUGCUUACCUUCGUCUGCAAAUUCAUACCUCUGCGCUUGCCCACCUGAGAUGACGUUAAGCGCGGACAACCACACGUGCAUUGUGCAGUACACAUGCUCCUCCGGCGAAAUUAAAUGCAGUGAACAUGACAUCUGCAUAAAGUGGUACCAGUGGUGCAAUGGCAUUAAAGAAUGUCCGAAUGGCGAAGACGAACCAAGUUCCUGUAAGAAAAACAGUAAGAUGGAAUAUAUCAAAUCGAUACAUACCUACACUACGCAUAACUAUAACGAUUACUAUUCAGAUAUACUAUAACUAUAACUAUAACUAACGAUAACUAUAUAACUAUAUAACUAUAACGAUAACUAUAACUAUAUAUAUAUAUAUAUAUA